GGAGCGAGAGCGGGUAAGAUGGCGGCGGCGGCCGUGGUGGAGUUCCAGAGAGCCCAGUCUCUCCUCAGCACCGACCGCGAGGCCUCCAUCGACAUCCUGCACUCCAUCGUGAAGCGCGACAUCCAGGAGAAUGACGAGGAGGCCGUGCAGGUCAAAGAGCAGAGCAUCCUGGAGCUGGGCUCCCUCCUGGCCAAGACCGGACAGGCGGCAGAGCUCGGAGGCCUCCUGAAGUACGUGCGGCCCUUCCUGAACUCCAUCAGCAAGGCCAAGGCCGCCCGGCUCGUGCGGUCCCUGCUGGACCUGUUUCUGGACAUGGAGGCGGCUACCGGACAGGAGGUGGAACUGUGCCUCGAGUGCAUUGAGUGGGCCAAGUCCGAGAAGAGGACUUUCCUGCGUCAGGCCCUGGAGGCCAGACUGGUGUCUCUGUACUUUGACACAAAGAGGUACCUGGAGGCGCUCCAGUUGGGCUCGCAGUUGCUGCGGGAGUUGAAGAAGAUGGACGACAAGGCGCUCCUGGUGGAGGUGCAGCUUUUGGAGAGCAAGACGUACCACGCCCUGAGCAAUCUUCCCAAAGCCCGCGCCGCUCUGACCUCUGCCCGGACCACCGCCAAUGCCAUCUACUGCCCUCCCAAGCUCCAGGCCACCCUGGACAUGCAGUCAGGCAUCAUCCACGCCGCGGAGGAGAAGGACUGGAAAACGGCCUACUCGUACUUCUACGAGGCCUUCGAGGGCUACGACUCCAUCGACAGCCCCAAGGCCAUCACGGCUCUGAAGUACAUGCUGCUCUGCAAGAUCAUGCUCAACACGCCGGAAGACGUGCAGGCCUUGGUGAGCGGGAAGCUGGCACUGCGCUACGCGGGGAGGCAGACGGAAGCCCUGAAAUGCGUGGCCCAAGCUAGCAAGAACCGGUCGCUGGCCGACUUCGAGAAGGCGCUGACGGAUUACCGGGCGGAGCUCCGGGACGAUCCCAUCAUCAACACGCACCUGGCCAAGCUGUAUGAUAACUUGCUGGAACAGAACCUGAUCCGGGUCAUCGAGCCUUUCUCCAGAGUACAGAUCGGACACAUAUCCAGCCUCAUCAAACUCUCGAAGGCCGACGUGGAAAGGAAACUGUCGCAGAUGAUCCUGGACAAGAAGUUCCACGGAAUUCUGGACCAAGGGGAAGGAGUCCUGAUCAUCUUCGACGAGCCGCCCGUAGAUAAGACGUACGAAGCCGCCCUGGAAACCAUCCAGAACAUGAGCAAAGUAGUGGAUUCACUCUACAACAAAGCCAAGAAGCUGACAUAGAGCUGGAUGGGGGUAGCUGUCGUUUGGAGAGUGUGUGUGGAGGAGAGUGAAACCUUUGGGGAAAAACUGCUAGGAGAUUAUGAUUUUUUUUUGGUUUUCUUUUUUCCUGUUCUUCUGUUCUACUUUUCGCCCGGAAAGUUUUUAAACUCCCUCACCCGGUGCGUCCGUCCCCCCAGCCGUUCCGGCGCCCCGGUCCCCCGCGUGACGUUUCCGGGCGGGGGUCGUCGGCCGGGAGCCCCCCGAGCGGCAGUGCGAGAUAAAAGAAACGGGCCGACGCUCUGCCGCUUGCUCUCCGGCCGGGGAGGAACCAGGGAGCCCGGUUUGGGGAGGGUCCCCGGUCGGGCCGGCUCCCCGCGCUUGGGAUUUCUCUCUCCUCUCUCCUCCCGACCGGGUGGUUCCUGCCCGUCCAAAGCAGCCGACUUUUUAUUCCGUUUGUACCGAAGCAAGAGGAAACCACCACCCCCCCCCCACCCAAAAAUCGAAACGACCGCGCAGAGACUUGCUGGUUUUCUCAUUUGAAGGGGGCCGAGUGUUUCCCCCGUUGCCCCCACCUCCCCCCAACCCCCAAGAAAAGGCUUCCAACCCCUCGUUGCGGGCCCUCCCGCGCGGCCCCCGUGUCCGACGGGGGGCCCGGGUGGAUGCGGGCUCCCGCGAAACCCACGACGUGUCCUCGUCCCCCGUCCACCGGACCCCCUCUGGCCCUCCCCGGGCUCGGAGACCACCCGGCCUCCGGUCUCCCCACCCCCUUGGCCCGACAGCCCACCCUGGGUCGGGAGGCAGUAGCAACAGCAGCCUCCUCCCGCCCCCCGCCUUCCUCCUCUCCCCCCGUCCCGCCGCUGCCGUCACCUGGAUUUAUUCCUUUUAGGAUCGCGAGCGUCGGAGAAUCGGGGCGGGGGGCACCUGGGACGCUCGCUCUCUGUCUCUCUCCAUCGGACCCCCGUCCCCGGGGUGGGGGUCUCCUCAUUUGCCCCUCGGAGUGAAACGCGUUGGGGCAGAGCCCUGUCCUCUGGCAUGUUUUUCGGUGAGACGGUGGCAAGGUUUCGGUGCCACGCGGGCGGCGAGAGCUUUCUCAUCCUGGAUGUGCCGAUCUCUCGCCCCUUCCUUGGUCUCGGGUCUCCCAUCUCUCUCCUGUCGCCUCCUUCCCCCUCUUUCUUUCUCCCCCCUCCCAGUUUGCCCCCUCCAGGUUUUCUUAAUAAAUUUAUAUUUUGUAAAAUGAUUCCGUCGUACCACGUUUUGCAUCCCCCCCCCCCCCUCCAUCCGACCGGCCGAAUCUCCCCGCUCUCGGUCCCGUCCCUCUUCUCGGCGUGAUUCUCCUCCGGCGCCCGCCCCGAUCCCCGGUCCGGUCACUGUUUGGGUUUUGGCACCGUCAAUAGCAAAUGUACAAACGGGUUCUUGCUGACCAACACCAGGUGUAUCUGAUGUUCAGAUGAGUUCCAAUAAAUUCCUUUUUUUUU